GACAUAUUAAAUGGGCUUAGCCCAAUAAGUCAGUUAUUGGAUAAUGUUAGGCCCAUUGUGUUUUAAUUACACCCGGUUUAGAUACGUCGGAGAAGAUCAACAUAUCACCGACUUGUUUUGUGGACAGCUGGGUUACUCCGACUCAGUCGAAUUUGGCCGUAGGAGAUGUCUUCACUAACCUCCGUCGAAUUGAAUUUUCUGAUAUUCCGAUAUCUUCAGGAAUCAGGGUUGACACACGCUGCAUUCACACUAGGUUACGAGGCAGGGAUUAAUAAAUGCAAAAUCUAUGGGAAUAUGGUUCCACCUGGUGCUCUUGUCAAGUUUGUUCAGAAAGGUCUCCAAUACAUUGAGAUGGAAGCUAAUUUGAGCAGUGUGAUGCUGAGGGAGAUGAAGAGGAAAGAGAGGGAUAAGGAGGACAAGAACAGAGAAAGAUCUAAAGAAAAUGACAAGGAGGUUGAACGAGACCAUGAUGGAGCUCGCAGCCGAGUCAGGGAAAAGGAUGGGCAUGAGAAACACAAGGAGCGAAAAAGGCAAAGGGAGAGGAUUGAACGGGAAACAUUGGAGAGGGAGAGACUGAAAUUAGAGAGGGAAAGCGAGAAGAUAGAGAGGGAAAGGGCCCAUGAAAAGCAGCUUGGAGAUGGUGAUAGGGACAUGGCUAUUGACCAAAGUGAGAAAGAAAACGCUGGAGAUGAAGAGCAUGGCCGUUCUUCGGAACUUAUGGAUAUCACCAUGACUCCUACAUCUCUGCCGUCUCAAAUUCCUAAUUCUGAUGUUAGGAUUCUGGAAGGACAUACCUCUGAGGUACCUUUUUUAGGUAUGCUGACGUGUCGUAUCAGGAUUUGAUGCAACUGCUCUAUUAUUAUAAUGUAGAUUUAAAACAGAAAGUGGUUAGUUACUGCAAAUUGAGAGCUACUAUUAAGGAACACAACUAUAAAGACUUUGGAGACAAAAAGCCGGUCUUUAAGUCCGUCGUGCGCCCCGGUUAGGUGAAAACAGUGGAGGUGGAUGAUGGCACGUGGCGGGAGCUGACAGAGUCGUGUAACCACCACGCCAAACACGCUUCUUCUUAUUCCUAACCCCUUUCCUUUUCGUUACUACUCACCACGUCCUCAAACAUUUUUCUAAUAACCCAGUAAAUUCCAAACUCUAUAGAAAAUUAGUAUUUGGAGAUUGUAAAAUGAAAAAGAUUUGCAAUUGUCCAUUUUUCUUCAUUAAUCAAAAAAAAGUUUAAAUAUAUGGCGUAACGAAUAGGAAAGCCUUUUUAUUAUUUUUUAAAUAAGAGUUGUAAAUUCUGUAGAGAUAGUGAUAUUCCCAAGAAAGAAAAAAAGAUUCGACAAUCCCAAGCUUCACACGAUCUCGUGAGUUGUUGACAAAACUAACCCCUCUGCGCUUCUCUACGAUU